UAUGCCUCCUGUGUUAUCUAAGAUCUUAGAUGUGAAAUAGUUUAUGUUGAAAUCAACAAAGCGUAAAGUAUUAACAUAUAAAUAAUCUAAUUAGUUAAUCUCAGGAGCUGUAAUAGCAGUGAUUCUAUAUUUACUUAAGAUCAGAUUGACCAAAUCAAAGACUGAAAAUAUGAAAGUGAAGAGAGAUGAAAAAAAAGGAAAGGGAAAUGUAGAUCGUAUGUUCUUAAAAAGAAUUUUGAAAUUACUCAAAAUAGUUAUUCCAAGGUUGAACUCACCAGAAAUUUUCGACUUGUUUUUGCUUACGUAACAUAUUGUCUAAAUAAUAAUAGAGCAUCAUUAGUCGCAAGGACAUUUUUAAGUAUCUAUGUAGCUAAUGUUAAUGGUUAAAUAGUCAGAGCAAUCAUUGAAUAAAACAAAAAUUUGUUUAUAUAAAGGAUAUUGAAAUUAGGAGUUGUUGCAAUUCCUGCAUCAUUUGUAAAUUCCUUCUUAGAUUAUUUGAACAAAUCCUUAGCAAUAAGAUUUAGAAAACGAUUAACCUCACAUUUUCAUGACAUCUAUCUUAAUGAUAUGAUAUUUUAUCAAUUAAGUAAUUUAGAUAGUCGAGUUGCUAAUCCUGAUUAAAGAUUAACAGCUGAUAUAGAAAAAUGGGCUAAUUCAUUAUCCUAAAUUUAUUCCAAUUUUUCUAAACCUGUUUUAGAUAUUAUAUUGUUCUCUAGAAAAUUGGCUGAAUUGGUUGGAUAUUAAGGACCAAUGUAUGUCAUUUUGUAUUAUCUAAUAUCUGGAUUUUUAUUAAGAUUUUUAAGUCCACCUUUUGGUAAAUUAACAGCUAUUGAAUAAAGACUUGAAGGAGAUUAUAGAGCAUGUCAUAGUGAUUUAGUAUAUCAUAGUGAAGAAAUAGCAUUCUAUAGAGGACAUGCUUGGGAAAAAACAAGAAUCACUAAUUCAUUCAAUAAUUUAAUUGGACAUACAGGAUAAAUCAUACUUAAAAGAUUAUAUAUGGGUGUUUUUGAUAGUAUGUUGGUGAAAUAUGGAGCUGUUAUGGUAGGUUAUGCAGUAGUUGGUUUACCUGUUUUUGGUAGUAGAAGAGAAGAAUAUUUAAAGAGUGUUAAUAAUGAUGCUUCAGCAAUAACAAGAGAUUAUGUUAGAAAUUCAUCUCUUUUAAUUAAUUUAGCCAAAGCUAUUGGUAGAUUGGUAGUUUCAUAUAAGGAAAUUUAAUAAUUGGCAGGAUAUACAACUUUAGUAGCUGAAUUAGAUGAAGUAUUAAAGGAUUUAAUAAAUGGUAAGUAUAUGAGAACAAUGUUGUAAAGUAAUGAAAAUUAACCAGGAUAUUUUGCAUAGAAAUAAUCAUUAGUAUCUAUGAAUAGAGGUUAAAUAGUUGAAACAGAAAAUACAAUUAAAUUUGAAGAAGUCCCUAUUAUAUCACCAAAUAAUGAUAUAUUGGCAUAAAAAAUGACAUUUGAAGUAAAAUAUAAUAUUUAUAUAUAAGAUUCAACCAAAUAUGAAUUGUAUUGUAACAGGUCCAAAUGGAUGUGGAAAAUCAUCAUUAUUUAGAAUUUUAGGUGGUUUAUGGCCAAUUUCAAGUGGUAAAUUAUAUAGACCACAUAUUGAUAAAUUAUUCUACAUUCCUUAAAGACCUUAUUUACCUGCUGGAACAUUAAGAGAUUAAAUUAUAUAUCCACAUACAAAAUUAUAAAUGUUAAGAAAGAAAGUAACAGAUGAUGAUUUAACUGAAUUAUUGAGAUUAGUUCAUUUGGAUUAUUUAGUUGUAAGAGAAGGAGGAUAUGAUAAAUGUAAUGAUUGGAAUGAUGUAUUGAGUGGAGGUGAAAAAUAAAGAAUUGCUAUNUUGUUCUCUAGAAAAUUGGCUGAAUUGGUUGGAUAUUAAGGACCAAUGUAUGUCAUUUUGUAUUAUCUAAUAUCUGGAUUUUUAUUAAGAUUUUUAAGUCCACCUUUUGGUAAAUUAACAGCUAUUGAAUAAAGACUUGAAGGAGAUUAUAGAGCAUGUCAUAGUGAUUUAGUAUAUCAUAGUGAAGAAAUAGCAUUCUAUAGAGGACAUGCUUGGGAAAAAACAAGAAUCACUAAUUCAUUCAAUAAUUUAAUUGGACAUACAGGAUAAAUCAUACUUAAAAGAUUAUAUAUGGGUGUUUUUGAUAGUAUGUUGGUGAAAUAUGGAGCUGUUAUGGUAGGUUAUGCAGUAGUUGGUUUACCUGUUUUUGGUAGUAGAAGAGAAGAAUAUUUAAAGAGUGUUAAUAAUGAUGCUUCAGCAAUAACAAGAGAUUAUGUUAGAAAUUCAUCUCUUUUAAUUAAUUUAGCCAAAGCUAUUGGUAGAUUGGUAGUUUCAUAUAAGGAAAUUUAAUAAUUGGCAGGAUAUACAACUUUAGUAGCUGAAUUAGAUGAAGUAUUAAAGGAUUUAAUAAAUGGUAAGUAUAUGAGAACAAUGUUGUAAAGUAAUGAAAAUUAACCAGGAUAUUUUGCAUAGAAAUAAUCAUUAGUAUCUAUGAAUAGAGGUUAAAUAGUUGAAACAGAAAAUACAAUUAAAUUUGAAGAAGUCCCUAUUAUAUCACCAAAUAAUGAUAUAUUGGCAUAAAAAAUGACAUUUGAAGUAAAAUAUAAUAUUUAUAUAUAAGAUUCAACCAAAUAUGAAUUGUAUUGUAACAGGUCCAAAUGGAUGUGGAAAAUCAUCAUUAUUUAGAAUUUUAGGUGGUUUAUGGCCAAUUUCAAGUGGUAAAUUAUAUAGACCACAUAUUGAUAAAUUAUUCUACAUUCCUUAAAGACCUUAUUUACCUGCUGGAACAUUAAGAGAUUAAAUUAUAUAUCCACAUACAAAAUUAUAAAUGUUAAGAAAGAAAGUAACAGAUGAUGAUUUAACUGAAUUAUUGAGAUUAGUUCAUUUGGAUUAUUUAGUUGUAAGAGAAGGAGGAUAUGAUAAAUGUAAUGAUUGGAAUGAUGUAUUGAGUGGAGGUGAAAAAUAAAGAAUUGCUAUGGCUAGAUUAUUUUAUCAUAAACCAGUAUUUGCCAUAUUAGGUAUAGAUUUUUUAUUAUAUUCUUAGAUGAAUGCACUAGUGCAGUCUCAAUGGAUGUAGAAGCUACCUUAUAUUAAACUGCCAAAAUGUUAGGAAUCACUCUCUUCACAGUUAGUCAUAGACCUUCAUUAUUUAAACAUCAUGAUUAUAUGAUCUAAUUUGAUGGAGAAUAAGGAUGGAAUUUUAAAAAGAUAGAGCAUAGUUCAGAAUGA